UUUAUUCUCCGGUUUCCCAAUUUAUUAAAUAAUUUCAAAUUCCCACAUUGCCGUGCCGUGGCUUUGAAAUUUUCGACCUCAUUCAUUUUCACACGCCUUUUUCCCACCCAUCUAUAAAUACUCCUCCCUCCUUCUCUACCCGAUGUAUCUUCCACUUUCUAUCCAUAUUUACUACAUUAAAAACUCCAAAAUCUCUCUCUCUCUCUAACCAUCCGAAAAUGGUUGAUUUUGAGUGUAAAGCAAAGAUGAUUACCUCCACCACCCCGAAAAAAUCACCGAAGCUCUCUUCCAAGCUUAGAAUAUCGGUGCCGCCACCGAUUCGCGCCGGCGGGGAUUUAUCUCCGGCGGCGUCCGAAUCGGAUUGUUUGGCGUACGAGCACUUCGUCCGUCUUCCGGAGCUGAAGAAGCUUUGGAAUUCAACCGAGUUUCCGAGUUGGAAAGACGAGUCCAUACUUAAACCGGCCUUGCAAGCUUUGGAAAUCACGUUCCGGUUAGUUUCGACAGCGGUAUCUGAUCCCAGACCGUACGCGAACCGGAGGGAGUGGAGGCGGCGGCUUGAAUCCCUAUCCACAAGUCAAGUUGAGAUCAUAGCGCUUCUUUGUGAGGAAGAGGAAGAGGACGCAGAGACACGUGGAACACCGCCGAUCGUUGAUUCGAAAUCCUCAGGAGGCGUGUUGGCUCGCGACGGGAGCUCGGCAGAGGUGUGGAGGCUGUCGGAGGACACGACGGUGGUCAGCCGGACCAGCGAAGCCAGCCUGUUGCCUCGGCUGGCCGCCUGGCAGAAAUCCGAAGACAUCGCGCAGAAGAUUUUGUACUCGAUCGAGUGCGAGAUGAGGCGGUGUCCGUACACCCUAGGCUUGGGCGAGCCGAACAUGAGCGGCAAGCCUAGCCUCGACUACGACGCCGUGUGCAAGCCGUACGUGCUCAACAACAAUUCUCUGAAGAAAUCCCCCUUCGAUCUCGAAAACCACGAGAACCAAACGCUGUACACCACGCACCAGAUCCUAGAGUCAUGGAUCUUCGCCUCGCAACAACUUCUCAACAGAAUUAUAGAAAGAAUCGAUUCGAAGGAAUUUCAAAAGGCUUCGAGCGACUGCUGGAUCCUCGAACGGACAUGGAAGCUCCUAACCGAAAUCGAAGACUUACACCUCCUCAUGGAUCCAAACGACUUCCUAAAUUUAAAAAACCAGCUCUCGAUCAAGGCCUCGUCGGAGUCCGAAGCGUUCUGCUUCAGAUCUCGAGGACUGAUCGAGAUAACAAAGCAAUCAAAGGAGCUAAAGCACAAGGUGCCGCACGUACUAGGCGUCGAGGUGGACCCCACGGGAGGGCCGAGGAUCCAAGAGGCGGCGAUGGAGCUGUACAGGAAGAGAGGAGGAUUCGAUAGGAUUCACCUGCUUCAGGCGAUGCAGGCGAUCGAGUCGGCGCUGAAGAGGUUUUACUACGCGUACAAGCAGUUGAUCGUGAUCUUGAUGGGGAGCUUGGAGGCGAAAGGGAACCAGGCGUUCGUGACCGUCGAUUCGAGCGAUUCGUUGGCUCAGAUCUUUCUGGAGCCGACGUACUUUCCGAGCUUGGAUGCCGCGAAGACGUUUCUGGGACAUGAAUGGAGUCACGAGCACGGUCGGUACAGUCCGGAGAGACGAACCAGGGCGCAGAAAUGAGGUAGGACUCGGAGAUUCCACUCAGUUGGACUGGGUCUUGACACGGUUGGGGAAUACGCCGUUUGGGACUGAAAAUUUUAUUUAUUUCUUCAAUGUACUAAUUUUGUAUACGUAUAAUUGUAUUAGAUUUUUUUUUUUUUUUGGUUAUGGAGAGUAUUCUUGUGAAAUGUGAUUCUUUACCUUAAGGGUCCAAAGGCAAUUUGGUUGAUUAA